UCAAAAUUUUGAUACAACAAAAUGUCUAAGAGAGGACGUGGUGGUUCCGCGGGAGCGAAAUUCCGUAUCUCCCUGGGUCUCCCAGUGGGAGCAGUAAUCAACUGCGCCGACAACACAGGGGCAAAGAAUCUGUAUGUGAUCGCUGUCCAAGGUAUCAAAGGUCGCCUGAACAGACUGCCGGCGGCCGGUUCCGGGGACAUGAUUGUGGCCACAGUCAAAAAGGGUAAACCUGAACUCCGGAAAAAGGUAAUGCCGGCAGUGGUCAUCAGGCAGCGGAAACCGUUCAGAAGGCGUGAUGGAGUAUUUAUAUACUUUGAGGACAAUGCGGGUGUCAUAGUCAAUAACAAGGGCGAAAUGAAGGGCUCGGCCAUCACAGGGCCUGUAGCCAAAGAAUGUGCUGAUCUGUGGCCGCGUAUUGCCUCAAACGCGAGCUCUAUCGCUUGAAUAUACGUUUAAGAUUA